CUGCUGGCGGCCGUUGCAAUUGCAGCCACAUUCAACUCAGGCUCCAGGCCGCUGCAACCCAAGCCGCCAGCAGCCUGCCCCUCCUCUCCGACUCCAAACCAAUCCAAUGGCCCUCCGCCCCCCGCUGUCUCACCUCACGCGCUCUCUGCCCUGGCCUGCCCCCAGCAUGACGCGAUGCUCCGCACUGCGUCGGAUACAUGGACGAUAUUGCUGGGGAGCGGGGGAGGAAAGGAGACGACUCUUCCCGUGCCGUGCUGACGCCACCACGCGGCCCCGGUCUCCUCUCGCCCUCCUCUCCGUCUAGAUCUGAUCCUAUCCCCUCCCCACCCUCCGCCGCCGUCCUCGCCCUCCCGGCCGCAGCCACGAGCCCGAGCGCCGGGCUCCUGGCCUCGUCUCGCCUCACCGGCGAGAUGGACGGCGGCGGGGAGACGCUGCUGGUGCGGAGGAGCAAGGGCAAGAAGAGGCGGCAGCCGGCGGCGCCCGCGGAGAGGGGCUCCGGCAGCGGGGACAGGUUCCGCGCGCUCUGGCGGGACUACCACGACCUGCUGCAGGAGACCGAGGCAAAGAAGAGGAGGCUGGCGAGCAAGAAGCGAAGAAGCCUCGCCCUGCUUGCUGAAGUCAAGUUCUUGCGAAGGAAGUAUCAGUCCUUUCCGAAGGGUGGCUCGCAGCAGACACAUUACAGGUUGAAGAAGCAGGCUCGGUACAUGCCAUCCCCAUUGGGCCAUGGUGCAGGGACCGAAGUGCCUUCUACCAGCAGAAACCCAAACCUUGACUUAAAUCAAGAUUCUGUCCUGAACGAUGUGGGGAAUGAUUGCCAGGGGCAACAUGGCCAUCCAGAAGUUGAAAAGUUAGAUCAGGUCGAGGUGAAUGAAGAUACGAUGACACCUGAUGUCAAAUUAUCAGUUUGUAGGGAUACAGGAGAGUACUCUCCUGUAAGUGAAGGUAAGAGGGCGGUUCCAUGGCAAGACCGGUUCGCGUUGAAGACCUAGGCCCUCAGUUGAUGUGGCUAAGAAAUAAGCUGCUUCUCUGACAGCUAGUUUUGCUACUGUAUCCCUCAAAUGCUCAGUAGUGCUCUGUACAGAAACAAUGGGACAUGAUACUUAUAUGCAUGUUACAUUGCCUGAUUGACAAACUCAGAUGUUUGUAGCAUGCUUCUAAGCAAGUUAGACAAGUGAGUUGUGAUUCUAUGAAUGGUUCUGUCCAGAAUUUGGAUUGGCCCAUUUGAUUUUGCCUUUGUGCAUCGAAUGUUUCUUCAAUCAGCAAGAUCAUGAAUUCUGUG